GGUGGCGGUGGUGUAUAUGCUUGGGGCCCGCCGCCCAUGGCGCGCGCCCUCCCGUGGCGGGUGGCACGGGCGUGCACGGGCGCAGGGCGCGAGGAGCGGCCAGCCCGGAUGCCUUGGCGGGCGGCGCGCGCCCCCUGAGAUGUCCGAGGUGACGGAGCAGCUGCAGCAUCGCAUGCGUUUGCUCAUUAAUUCUUUUGGAGAGGCGAGGCCACAACGCGAGCUGGCUUGAGUACGCAUGCGUCGUCCUGCACAGGCUCCUGAAGAUGCUCGAGCCGCUCCUUCGACGCCCUGCGAAGUCUCCUCACGCGGGCAAGACGGUGCUGGUGACGACGGGCCGCCAGGCCAAGACGCUUCACGGCGUCAGGGCCCUGAAGGAGAUCGGCUGCCGCGUCAUCGUGACGGACUACCAGGAGAUGAGCGCCAGUGCCGUCUCCACUGCGUGUGACGGCACGGCCACUUUGGCACCGCUGGACCCACGAAGUGUGGGGUACUGGGUGGACCAUCUAGAGAGGAUCAUCCGCAGAGAGAACGUGGACCUGGUGCUGCCAAUGUCCACCAUCAACGAGGCCCUGUUUAUUGGCAUCGCAAAGGAUUGGCUUCAGAACCGGCUGCCCAAUGUUCAGUUCGCCUGUGAGGGCCUCGAGAUGAUGACCCGGCUGGACAACAAGGCGCAAUUCGACCAAAUGUGCCGCGAGUGCGGCGUGCCGGUGCCCGAGGCUGGCGUAGCCACCAGCAGGGAGGACCUGGAGAAUGGCUCAGUACCAUUCGGCGAGAUGGACGUCAUCAUCAAGCGGAUCGAGUCGAGCAUCAACCGCGAGGAGGAGAUCAAGGUCGUCCGCAGGGGCGGGAAGGCGCCCGAGUCCGUCCAGCCCACGCCCUCGGACCCCUGGCAGUGGCAGCGCUUCAUCCGCGGCACGGAGUACUCGGCCUGGUUCGUGGCCGUGGACGGCAAGAUUACGUUCCAGGGCUGUUACCGCUCCGAGAGCGACCUCCUGUUCUUCGACGGCAUCCCCGUGCCCGAGGACGUGGAGAAGGCCAUCGCUGGCCUCAUCGCGAAGUACAGGCUCACCGGCCAGUACGCCUUCGACUACUUCCGCGAGGACUCGACGGGCAAGUUCUUCGUGAUCGAGUGCAACCCCCGCGCCUCCUCGGUGCUGGAGGGGGUCUCCGGCACUCCUGGCUGGGGCGCCAGCUUCUUCGGCGAUGACGUCCGAUCCGCCACGCAGUACCAGAAGGCGGGCUUCUGGUUCCACCGCAACUGCUGGCCCUUUGUGGCCGACCGCUCCGAGGGCUUCUGGUCCUGGCACGACCCCCUGCCGGUGCUCGUCGCGGAGCUCGCGUGGCCGCUGGAGCUGCUCCGCACCAAGGGCGCGCUCCGGGGAGGCCCGCUCCCCAGGUCCCCAAGCGGCAUCCCGAUCGAGGCCGGGACGCCGCUGACGGCGCAGCUGCCCGCGCUCUUCGAGGCCCUGGGCCUCAAUUACCACCACCUCGACGUCAACAUCGGCAAGG